UUUACUUUUUGUGACGUGCUGCAAAAGUGAUGGCUGUUUUGUCUUUUAAGUCUUAGUGAGUUACUGAUAUUAUUAAUACGUACACAUAAAGAAAGCUACAAGUAAUGAACGGCGACGAUCUCGACGGAAAUAUUCUUUCAUUAUAUAAUGCUCAAAAAUGGGAAGAGAUUGCUGCUUUAUCUUUCACGAGUGACAAUCCGAAGCCUAGUAGAUUGUCAUGGGUGUUACCUGACGUGAAUGACCUACAUUGGAUGAAUGAUAUUAUACGAAAGUACAAUUUAUCUGGAAUUGCGAGCAUUGGCUGUGGUUGUGGAUUAUUAGAAUGGUUGCUACAAAAAUGUUCAGGAUUGGACGUUGUGGGUGUAGAAUUGGAUAGUUCUUGGUGGAAUAGCAAAUAUUCUCCUCCGCAAUUCUUGAAAAAUAUCAUCUUCGUUGAGAACAAUUCAAAUUUUCAAGUGCCAAAACGAUAUGCGAUGCUAUUUUGCUACUUUAAUAACUGUGCAGCAUUCUGUAAUUAUAUGGAGAACUACAAAGGUAAUUUAAUUUUCGUCAUUGGGCCCGCGCUAGGGAAUAAUUGUACAACAGAUCCGUUACCAUUCGAUGAAAAAUUUGCAAAAUAUAAUUGGAAAUUAGUAAAGCAGAAGAAACUUGCGUGUUCCAACAAUUGUAUUACUGCGUACAGUAAUAAAUAAUAAAAUAUGUGUGUUUUAAAUAAUGAAUUCAAAAUAAUAUGUACGUAGAACACUCUGUAAAAUUUAUUAAAAAUAUUUUUGUAUAAUUUCCAAUUUAUACUCACUGUCCUCCCUCGAAUUCUAAAGAUACAUUUACAUGCGCGUGUGCACGUACACCCACGUGCAGAUACAUGUAUUUAAUCUAAAACGUAGCAAAUUUAGAUUAAUAAUAUAGUCAUAUAACAAGUACAUUUAAAAGAAGUUUGUUAGCUAACACAUUUUCUAAUCAAAUCAUCUUUUUCCAUUUUCAUUAUUAAAAGGAAAAAUUUAUUUCAUAAUUUUUUUCUUGAGUAAUUAAUUGAGAUACUAAUUUAUCUCUCUAAUAGCCUCUCUAAUAAUGACAAUUUCAUAUGUAUAUGCGAGAUACAUUCUAUCUAUAACGCACAACACAUUUGAUAUAUUGACUAUAUAAUUCUUAAAAUAAUAUUGUGCUUGAACUAUCUUCUAGAAGAAUCUUUCCAAUUAUUUUUGUGUAAUUUAACACAUUUUAUUAAAAAUAUAUUAACUGAGAGCUUUUUAUUAAAAAUAAUGGCAAAUAUAAUUAUAUUUAAUAGUAAUGCAUUGCUGUUAUAAUCUUAUCUACCUUUUUAAUUAUGGAAUUAUCUCCCCCUGUCCCUGCCUACCCGAUUCCCUACCUGCAAGUCUUCCGUUAAAACCGCGA